ACAUCGUUCACUUCCUGACAGCUGAAAAACAACAGCAGAAACCCACCUUUGCUCGUGUGUUCCCUUCUUUUUAUUUGUGAUAUUUAGAUUUUUUGGACCCGUGUUCACCUGUUACUCGCUCCCGAGGGUCCACUCGUGUGUCUCCAUGCGAGCUGCCGUGUGCGUGACCGUGCUUGUGUGGCUGCUGAUCGAUGCGCGUCAGUUCAGUGAGGAGGAUAUGUCUGCAGUCAGACAGCGCAUCAAAUCCAUGUUCUACCAUGCCUACAACAGUUACCUUGACAACGCUUUCCCUUACGACGAGCUCCGCCCCCUCACCUGUGACGGACAGGACACCUGGGGCAGUUUCUCUCUCACUCUCAUUGAUGCUCUCGACACUCUGCUGGUUUUGGGAAACCAAACAGAGUUUCAGCGUGUGGCGUCGCUCCUCCAAGACACCAUGGACUUUGACAUCGACGUCAACGCCUCCGUGUUCGAAACCAAUAUCAGAGUGGUGGGGGGUCUUCUGUCGGCUCACCUGUUGGCAGGUCGGGCCGGCAUGCAGCUGGAGCCCGGUUGGCCGUGUUCAGGACCGCUGCUGAGGAUGGCCGAGGACGCUGCACGGAAACUGUUACCUGCGUUCCAGACUCCCACCGGCAUGCCGUACGGCACGGUGAACCUGCUGAAGGGCGUCAGUCCCACCGAGACACCCGUCACUUGCACCGCCGGCGUGGGAACCUUCAUCCUGGAGUUCGCCACGCUGAGCCGACUAACAGGAGACGCAACGUUUGAGGACGCAGCCCGAGAAGCCCUGAGGGCCCUGUGGAAGACCAGAUCUGACAUCGGCCUGGUGGGGAACCACAUUGACAUCCUGUCUAAGAAGUGGGUGGCUCAGGACGCUGGUAUCGGAGCGGGGGUGGACUCCUACUUUGAGUACCUGGUGAAAGGAGCCAUCAUGCUGCAGGACGAGGAGCUGCUCAACAUGUUCCUGGAGUACGAUCGAGCCAUUCAGAACUACACCCGGUUUGAUGACUGGUACCUGUGGGUCCAGAUGCACAAAGGGACCGUCACCAUGCCCGUGUUCCAGUCUCUGGAGGCCUUCUGGCCCGGCCUGCAGUCUCUCCUGGGGAACCUGGACAGUGCAGUGAGAACUUUCCAGAACUAUUACUCCGUGUGGAGGCAGUUUGGAGGUCUGCCGGAGUUUUACAGCAUCCCAGGUUACACUGUGGACAAGAGAGAGGGAUACCCACUGAGACCAGAGUUGAUAGAGAGCGCCAUGUACCUGUUCAGGGCUACAGGCGACCACACCUACCUCCAGCUGGGCCUCGACGCUCUGGAGUCCAUCGAGAAGAUCACCAGGACGCCCUGCGGAUACGCCAGCGUGAAAGACCUGCGGGAUCACCAGCUGGACAACAGGAUGGAGUCUUUCUUUCUCGCUGAAACCGUCAAGUACCUCUACCUGCUCUUUGACCCCACCCACUUCCUGCACGGUGGGGCAGCGGAGGGGGACGGGACCUGGGAGGAGGGAGGCGAGGACGGGCAGUGUGUUUUAGGGGCUGGGGGGUUCAUCUUCAACACCGAGGCCCACCCUCUGGACCCGGCGGCGCUGUACUGCUGCAGCCGCCACCGCCAGGAACGACAGGAGCUCAGAGACAUCCUGCUCAGCCUGACGCAGCCCGAAGAGAAGAAGUCCAAAUCAAAGCCCACCGCCAAACAGACUGAAGACCCUCCCCACAGACAAUCGGAGAGUAUUGCUUUAAAACCAGGCGAGAAGAAGACCCCCCCGCUGCUGUCCUGCCCCGUUCAGCCGUUCAGCGCCCGGCUGUCCAUACUGGGACAAGUUUUCACUGAUAACACCUGACACUCACCUGGAUCACAUGAACACCUGUAACACCUGAUCAGCGGGCCUCUUGCUUCUACUGAUUUUUAUGCUAUACUGUGAGAAUGUGUUUCUACAACAUGUCAGCUUCAGGGGACCCGAGACGACAACAUUCCCUGUGGUGUUUGAUUACUGGUCUUAUGAGGAGCCAGUAGAGUGGUGCAGGAAUGAGUCCUUAAACCAGGAAAUAAGUCGGCAUUUUAGCUCUUCUGGUUCCCUCUGUCAAUGCACUGAAGAAACAUUGACUUUAAUUAAAUGUAUUAUUUCACAUGACUUUAAUAGGUUAGUUGAAAGCAAUAAUAUCAAGUUGAAAUAAAAAACGAUCAGGUUAAUAUUAUUGCUUUGAGAUAACCUAACACAGUUAUGUGAGAUGUGUGGGGUCCACGUUUCAGUUUC